CCCCGCGCCUCUCUUCUUCGCUUACCUCCAUCUGCAAGACUUCAGCCCCCUAUUGUCAGACCAGAACUGUCAACACAAGGUCCACCUCCAAGAUGAAGUCGCUCACUGCACUCCUCGCGAUUAUCGCGCCUGUGUAUGCUGGACUUCGCUUUCCAUGCUCGGAACUGUCCGUUCAGCGCCUAGACCCCGUUGUCGAGCCAGGAAAGACGCCGUCCUCUCAUCUACACCACAUCGUUGGUGGAAAUGCCUUCAAUGCUACCAUGUUGGGUGAUGUUGGUGCCCGGGCCACUUGCACUACAUGCCAGAUGGCAGAGGAUUUCUCCAACUACUGGACUGCCCACGUCUUCUUCAAGCAUCCCAAUGGCUCGUAUCACCGAGUGCCGAAUCUUCCUGUUUCGCCAUUACUAGGUGGUUCGAAUGGUGCUGUUGGUGGAAUUACUGUUUACUACACCCAGCACGAUUUGUCGACCGAUAACCUCAAACAAAACGCCGUCAAGACUUUCCAACCAGGUUUUCGUAUGACAGUGGGCAACCCAACCAAUACCGGUAAACCACAGGUCGGCCUGCGUUACCAAUGUCUCUCAGCCAGCGGCGGCAGAUCAUUCCCUGAGUUGUCCGACUUUCCUCCUCAGGCUUGCCCAGGCGGUAUCUUCACCACUCACCACUUCCCAGCAUGCUGGGAUGGCAAGAACCUUGACAGCCCCGACCACCAGUCUCACAUGUACAACACCAUCACUUCAGACGGCUUCGUGGCUGCCGGCCCAUGCCCAUCUUCUCAUCCAGUCCGCAUGCCACAAGUGACUUUCGAGACCGUCUGGGAUACGAGCAAGUUGAACAGCUUGUGGAAGACAGGUGAUCCUAACCCGUAUGUGUGGAGUUUCGAGGGAACCGGUGCUGGCACCCACGCCGAUUACAUGUUCGGCUGGAAGGGAGACGCGCUUCAGCGUGCCAUGAACAAAUCCGAAUGCUUUUAUGAUGGCUGCGGCUCCAUCACAAAGCAGCCUAUGGCUACUGCCAAUCAGUGUAGCAUCCAGAACACAGUCACGGAGAAGACUGAGGGAUGGCUCCCAGCGCUGCCGGGUAUGGCAUAG